GUUUUAUAAAAGUGUAGCAUAGCCUCAGGAAGAUCACUGUAAGUAUCCUGGUUGCGUUUAGUGACACGGGUUGUAAAUCCCAUCGCUUGAAGUGUCCUCACGCACAGCAAUGUCAUCCCCGAACCACCACUGUCAGAGUUUGAGGGAGAAGAGGUCUGUUUUGAGCUCAAGAUGUUCCUCGCUAUCAUCUUUAUUCAUAUGCGCCCACUGCGCGACGGAAAUUGUGGACCGACAAGUGCUAAAGGUGAAUGGAUUAACGUGGCAUCUGAAAUGUUUGCAGUGCUCGGUGUGCGCGGUGUCUUUGAGUCAACAUAACAGCUGCUUCAUCAGAAAUAAAGAGAUUUUCUGUAGAACCGAUUAUAACAGUACAUUUGGUACAAAAUGUGCUCGAUGUGGCCUUCAAGUCAGUGCAAAUGACUGGGUUCGGAAGGCGGGAAGUGAUAUAUAUCAUCUCGCCUGCUUCGCUUGCUUCUUCUGCAAAAGGCAGCUUUCUACAGGAGAGGAGUUCGGCUUGAUGGAUAAUCAGGUUCUCUGUCGCCUUCACUACGACAUUAUGCUGCCAAACCUACAGCACAUGUCAGACAAAGGAAAUGUCAUACAUUUGGAUGGAGCUUUACACAUACAAUACCUCCCAAAGCCAUCUAAAAGACCUCGUACAUCAUUCACCUCGGAGCAGCUACAGAUUAUGCACACACACUUUAUUCAAGACAAGAACCCUGAUGCACAGACGUUGCAGAGGCUGGCAGACAUGACUGGACUGAGCAGAAGAGUCAUACAGGUUUGGUUUCAAAACUGUAGAGCUAGACAGAAGAGGAACCCACUUCAUGACAGCAUUCCUCUACGGGACAGAUACCAGAAUCCUGCAGUGCCCUUUCUGUCAGAUAACCAGUACUUCUUGCCCUUAGGUAGACCUGAGACUCACUGAGACAGUCCACUAUUUAAACAUUACUCUACUACUGUACAGUUUAGGUGCUGAAAUGUAAAGUUGCUGUAUAUUUAAAUAACAAAUGUGUUUGGGGUAAAUAAGAUAUAGACAUACCUUUCAGAUUUUGUACCUUAGGAAACUUUUUUUUUUUUUCCUGUGAGAGUGUAUAAUAUGCUCCUUUAUAUUGAGAUAUUUUAAUUUACAAUAAUUGAUGUGGGGAGUGUUUUAAGGAUUGAUAUACUAUUGUUUCAAAGUUUGAGGUCAGUUUUUUUAUUUGUUAUUUUUUAUGUAAAGAAAUUAUUAUUUAGACAUUUGUAAUGUGACAGAAGAAUUCAAUUUCAAAAAACUUUUGAACUUUUUGUUUCCGUAACAAAUAUUAAGUAGCACAACUAAUAUUGAAAAUAAUAUUAAAUGUUUCUUUAGCAGCUUUAGCAAUUUCUUUAAUCAGUAUAUUAGAAUGAUUUAUGAAGGACCAUGUGACACUGAAGUAAUGAUACUGAAAAUCUGACUAAUAAUAUUGUAAUAAUAUUUCACAACAUUACCAUUUUUUACGGUAUAUUUGAUCAAUUAUUAGCAGUAGCAGGUAUGUAUUUACCACUAUAUAAUGUUUAUAAGAGGUGGAAAGGAUUUUAAAAGGUAUCAUAUAAUUGACUGGAAGUUAGUACAGUGUAU